GAAAAUCAAACGCAGAACGUUGUUGGUUCAGGGUGGAGAAAUAAAGCUGUGUGUAACUUGGGAAUUAGCAGUAUCGGAAUUAAUAUUUCAGCAUUGCACCUGCUAACCAGCUAAAAACGGAGACGACAAUCAAAGAUAAAAAUCUUAAAAAGAUGGAGUCACAAUUAAAGAACACAAACCCAAGGAUGAAGGAGCACAUCCAGCGAGACCACACCGCUAAUAGACUACCUAAUACUAAAGCGGUCAAUAAAGAAAAUACCAGACCAGAAAAGCAAUGGAACAGACCUACCGUUAAGGAACCCCCAAAACAAAAAGCGGUAAAAUUGGAGCCCAUGCAGUCUUCCAACCAUGCAGUUAACAAAGAAGCGCCUGUGAAGAAGGAAGGUGGAGAUUCACAUAGGCAGGUGGAUGAAGGAAAUCAAGUGGGAAACACAGCGUUCAAAAAUCCUGCUGAAAUGAGGAGACGUACAACCCUGAGCUACUCUUUCCUGUCUCAUAGAAACAAUCAGCAGAAGCAGCUCAUUGAGGGGAAGAGUGCCAACCCAAAGCCCGCUGUGCCCUGUGCCUCCAAACCAGUCUUGGGUGCCUACAGAGGCAAGGUUGUCCAAUCAAAAGUCAGCUCUUUUAGGAAGCCAGCAACUACUGGUGAAGAGAAGACUCAACCUGAAGUGAAGGCUGUUGCCUCUAAACCAAUUGCACAGAAAACGAAUGCAGCGAGCAAUGGGAAAGCUUCAGUGCAGAAGCCAGGGAUUGAUGCCCCAACAACCUCUGCCCAGGCAGCCAAGUCGACUGUUACAAACAUGCAAAAAGGGCAAAUCGCAGAACUGCCCUUAGGAGGAAAUGUUUUCCAACAGAAGGAGCCUAAAGCAACCAACAUUUUGGCUGUUAGCAGGCCGGUUAGCAGUAGCACCGCAGGUCCCGCGCCACAGCCAAGGUUGCCAGUGACGAUGAAGAAAAAUGACUCUCUGCCAAAAGAGAACCCCAAGACCUCUGAGGCCUCAAGUCAAAAUAGAGGAAAGCCAUCGAACACUGUCCUAAGCAGUAAAUACAAGAUCAAAAAAGAAACCGCAGAAGAGCGCAGAUUAAGGCUGGCUGAGUGGUUGGCUACAAAAGGCAAAACUCUGAAGAGACCAUCCAUGGUACUGCAGGCGGGUGCCACCCUGAAGCAGGCUCCUAAAAAAGAACCAAUAACUUCAUUAAAUACAACUAUGGAGAUGGACGAUAACGAUGAACAGGAUCUGCCUGUUUUAGCUGAGGAAACUAAUGAGCCACUUGACAAGUUAUGUUGUGCACUAGCAGAUAUGUUGACUACUUCAAAAUCCAAUACUGAUGGACAGAGAGGAGGCAGUGAGAGCGAGGAGAGCACUGGGAUGGAUCAGAAAGACUCUGUGAAAGCUGAAGAGAAAGACCUGAAACUGGAGCCUCACUCCCAGAGUCCAGCCCAGGCAGAGAAGCACACCUUGAAAGUGGAGAAGCAGUGCAAAGAAGAGAAUGAAUCUGAUGAGGAUGAAGAGAUAGAUGAGAAAACACACGACCUGGCAAUGAAAACUCCUGGAAAAGAUACUGCGACUGCUUCUGUGGUUAAAUACAACGUAAAGACAACACCCUACUUGCAAAGUGUAAAGAAGAGGAUUCAGGGUGAAGGAAGUAAGAGUGCUAUAAAGGAUCUGAAGUUCUUAACCCCUGUGCGACGCUCCCAGAGAAUCAACCGCAUGUCCUAUCGGCUUCCAGAGAUGCUGAUGGACCACGAUCCCUGUGUUUCAUCUUUGGCGGAGCUGGCUGGCUUGGAUGGUGAAGCUAAUGCCUACAUCUACAGGCAGAACCCUGCGCUACAAGAGGUCGCAAGGUUGUGUGCUGCAACAGACGAAAUGAGUCCCAGAUUGUCUCUUAUGUAAUCAACACAACGGUCCCUUUUUUAUGUUGGUAUUUAUGUACAAUUUAACUGGCUUGCGGAAGUAACAAGAACUUUAAUGCACCACACUAACAGAUCAAAUAAUAUAAAUGAAAAAACCCACGCUUGAAGGUUUUUCUCAUUAGAGAUAUGUCUUUGCACAGUAAUUAUUCUUUUUUACACAAUCUAUGCUGUUCAUUCUAUAGUCUGAAACCUGAUGGUUGUAAUUUGCAUAAAAAAUGUAAAAUACUGCAAGAACUAGCAUUGUAAGGACAGAAAAAUGCAUGAGAAGGAGAGAAAUUAGAAUGUAAGAAACAAAAACUCUGAUGUAACACUAUACUGUAAUGGGCAAAGGGUUAGCAGACCAAUGAUUUACUCUUAAUGGUGGUUAUAUUGCAAAUAUUACAACUGGGUAUUUACCACUAGUGUUACAGAAAGCUAGCAAGAUGUCUUGUGCCAUCCUGGUUUUGAACCCAAUCUAUGCAUCAAAAGACCGCCCUUUGGUUUUGGUGGCUGAAUUUUUGUGAAGGGGUUGGGCCACUAAGGAACCAUUUGUUUUUGCAGUAAAAAGGGGUUUUGGGAGUGUUAUCCUUUAACUGAUGAAAGGGAGGGGGAGAAGUGGUUGUUCAGUUAAUGUUGUCUGCUUUCAUUUAUGUGUUCACCAUGUUCUGUUUUCUUUUUUUUUUUUACGUGUUUUAAUGUUAGGUACUAAAUUGGUAAUAUGUAUUUUAAGCAAACUAAAGAUUGUUGUCGAAAUGUGAAUUGUACGGCUUCUGUUGCAGUCUGGUCUGUCUUCCUGAAAGAUAUAUUCACAGAAACAGUUCAUGACAAUUAUAUUCUUGUUUGUCUUGUCUGGUUAAGUUUGCAGUGUGCAUCUUUGUACAGCAAAGCUGUUGUUUCACAUGAAACAGGUCUGCAUGGACCAAUUUACAAAUCCUAAAAAUAUGGGUGAGUCUGCUCUUCUCUGGGUAGUAUUGAAAAUGCUCUUCUAUACUAAAUAAAAGGUAAUUGAACAAUG